CCUUGACACAAAAGACACUUUUAACCCUAAACGGAUAACCAUUCCACCAACACCAAACCCCACCGCCGAUCAAACCUCUCUCCGUCGUCUCCACCACCGUAAACAAUGACACCAGCCCACACAUUAAACCUCAUCGGCGUCCUCUCGGAGUCAAAACGCAUCAUCAACACCCACUCCCGCCACUUCCUCGCCCUAUCCCUCCUCUUCCUCCUCCCACUAUCAUGCGCCAUCGUAAGCUACCCCACCCUCUAUCCCCCCACCCCCCAACACGACGUCGUUUCCACCCAAUUCCACCACCCCUUCACCUCCCCACAAACCCUAAUCUUCCCCCUCAUAUACACCCUCACCACUUACCUUAUAUCACUCUGUGCCCUCGCCACAAUCACCUACAGCACGUUCCACGGGUUCUACGGUAGACCCGUGAAACUCUUCCCCACAAUCAAAUCAUUAUUAUCCUCAUUCUUCCCACUCGUUUCAACCGCACUCGCAGGUAAGUUUCUAUUGUGUCUUAUAUCCCUCAGUUUCCUCAUGUUUGUUUUUGUUAUUGUAACCUUGAUACAAAGCCUAGUGUUCGUAUUCGUUAUCGACUACAAUUCAAACUCAUUCAUAUGGUUUAUUGCGGUUAUCGGGCUCGCUUUGUUUAUGGCCACGUUAUAUUUCCAAAUAAUUUGGGGGUUAGCGCCUGUGAUUGCGGUUACGGAGUCGAAAUGGGGGUUCGAGCCGCUAUGGCGGAGCGCGUAUUUAAUUAACGGGAUGAGGUCGGUUUCGUUGUCGUUGAUGUUGGUUUUUGGCAGUUUGAUUGGGGUUUGGGUGUGGAUGGGGGUGAGGAGUGUGUCGGGGUUUACGAUCGUUGAGGAUUGGAGGAGUUGGGAGUUUGUUUUGCAGACGGUUGUUUGUUCGGGGCUUUUAGGGUUUCUCGUGUUGUUGUUGUUGCAUUAUAUUGCGGCGAAUACUGUGUUGUAUAUGUAUUGUAAGGCAUUGCAUGGUGAGUUGGCGAUGGAGAUUGCUGAGGAGUUUGCGAGGGAGUAUGUUUGUCUUCCGUUUGAUGAUGAUAAGGUGCCUCAUAUUGUUACGGUUGUCUCGGGUUGAUGUUUGAGGUAAUUAAUUGUCUUGAUUUGUGUACAAUAUUUAGUUUGUUGGGAUUCUGUGUGUAUAAAUAACCCGAAUGUUGUAUAAUAGAUAUGGCGAUAAACGAUCUUUGAAUAUAUGUUAAGUUAUUAAUACAAAUCUUUACAUUCAAAGUGA